AUGAGCAUUUCGGAAGUAAUUGCAAAUUACUUUCAUGAGGUUUCAUAUGGAAAAUGGGACCUUUUUAGCUGUUUCGAUUCCGUGUUAGAGGCGUGUAAGAAUAUUACGAGCGAGGAUUGUGAAAAAAUUAAAACAGAAUUAAGUUUUCAUCUCCGUUCAAUCAGUACUCAUAACUCGAUGAGCAAGAAAGUCCAUAAUAAGGCAAAUAGGCUUCUGGAUGAGUUAGAUCAAUUUUUCCAGUCCAAAAGGGUUACGAUGAUUAUUGAUGAAAGAGAUACGAAGGUCAAUGAAAAGAUGUUGAACACUAAAGCGAAACUGUACAAUUCGGAGGUUAAUGUUUAUGUGGCUUGUGACAAGCUCGCUUCUUUACAUUCAAUGAGCUCUUCUACAGGGAAAUCAUCAUCAGUUCUUCAGAAAAUACAAGAUGAAGAUGAUGAACUUGACGAGGAAUGUGAUAAGGCAUCGACUUCAAAAAUUGACAAAAAUGUAUCAGAAAAAGACAGUCAAGAACCUGCUAAGAAAAAACUCCACAUUAGUGAUGAUCAAGAACUUAUUGCGAAAAAUCUUUUAGGAGAAUCUCAAGAAAUCUCUCCAGAAAUGCAAAGUCUUCUUCGCGAUUUCCAAGAGUAUAGCAAAUACUCACGAAAUUUAUUAAUAAUCAAUGAGAUCAUGGAUCUUAGACCAUCGUCAGAGUUUGUUCUUAUGUAUACUAAAGAAGAACAUUAUUCUGAACUUCUUAAAGAUGUAUUUGAUCCAAUCGAUAAGCUUUUCCCUGAGAAAGCCUUUAAUUUUCUUAUGGCAUUCUUUUCAAAGAAUUUAACUAAUGAGCAAUGGCGAAAUGAAAUUGAAAAUUUGCUUGAUCAUGAACCCGAUCCAUUCUUAAAAAAUUUAAAGAGAUUCAUGUUUGAAAUUCUUCCAAUCUUUUUUGAUUCAUAUAUGCAUCCAGAUAAUCCUUUAAAAAAUAGAGACCUAGGCGAAGAUGAGUAUAUGACAAUAUAUAUUCAUCCAAUGCUAAAAAAGGCUUUAGCGAGAUUUUCUAACAUUAAUUAUAGGCCUGGCAAUAGGGCUAUUGAAGCAUCUUCUUACAGAAAAUUGAUUACAAGUCAAAGCGGAAAUGCCGAUAGAGCCGAUGGCAUUGCAUACACCACAAAUGCAAAGCCUUAUGAAAUUUGUGUGGUAGAAGGUAGCAAACCCUAUGAUACUGAAACUCGCAAAGAAUCCGAAGAUUUCGUUCAAAAUACACGAGCUGGUAAAGACAUGAUCAAUUUUCUUGUAACACAAGAAGUAAAACAGAAAAGGGCUUUACCAACACUAUUUAAAGCCUUUAUGGUUCAAAGUUUUGAAUUGAGCCUUCGAUUCUAUUUUAUGGAUUAUUUAAAUUAUUACAGAAUUUUCGAGAUCGAAAUUUGCGAGAUACCUAUAGAUUUUACAGGAAUAAAUUUAUUUCCUUUUCUUUUUCGCACAGUGGUUAUAUGGGCGAUGUUGGUUGGAAAUACUGAUAAGGAAUUUCAAGAAUUUAGGAAUUCUAAAAGAAGUUCAAGAAUUAGUAAUGCACACAAUUUACGAGUUCUUACACAAUUAGCGCAUAAUAAAGAACGACCAGGUGACAAGAAGAGUUUAAAAAUGAAAAAUGUUCUUUGA